AUGGCUGCCACCACCGUCUCCGCCAGCCUCAAGGCCGCGUCCCUUGUGCAGCCUAAGGUCAAUGCCGCCUCCCUGAAGGCCGCUCCCGUGUCUCAGGCUUUCGGCCUGAAGGCUGCCUCUUCCAAGGUGUCCUGCUCCCUGGAGGAGAACGUCCGCGGCUUCGUCCAGAAGGCUGCUGAUGCCGGCAAGACCGCUGCUCUUGCUCUCGCCUCGACCGCCCUGCUUGCAUCGGCUGCCCAGGCUGAGCUUCCCAGGCUGACCUUCGAGGAGCUCCAGAGCCUGACCUACUCGGAGGUGAAGGGCAGCGGCCUCGCCAACCAGUGCCCCAUCAUCGCUGGUGGUGUUGAUGGCUUCGCCUUCAAGUCCGGCAAGUACCAGCUCACCAAGAUGUGCCUGGAGCCCACCUCUUUCACCGUGAAGGCCGAGUCCGUGUUCAAGGGCCAGGGCGAGGAGUUCCAGAAGACCAAGCUCAUGACCCGCCUCACAUACACUCUGGACGAGAUCGAGGGUCCCCUUGAGGUCUCUGGCGACAAGGUCAAGUUCACCGAGGUUGACGGCAUUGACUACGCCGCCGUUACCGUCCAGCUUUCCGGUGGCGAGAGGGUGCCGUUCCUCUUCACCAUCAAGGAGCUUGUUGCCUCCGGCACGCCCGAUAGCUUCGGCGGGUCCUUCCUGGUGCCAUCUUACCGUGGUGCCACCUUCCUUGACCCCAAGGGCCGUGGUGGUGCCCAAGGGUACGACUCUGCCGUUGCCCUCCCUGCUGGUGGCUUCGGUGACAAUGAGGCCCUGAGGAAGGAGAACGAGAAGUCGUACAAGGCUUUGAGCGGCAACAUCACCUUCAGCGUCGCCAAGUCGAACGUCGAGACUGGCGAGAUCGGUGGAGUGUUCACCAGCGUCCAGCCCUCCGACACUGACAUGGGUGCCAAGGUUCCUAAGGAAGUCAAGAUCCAGGGCAUCUGUUGCGCGACUCUGUCAGAGUCAUCGUCGCAGGUUGCCUGUGCAGCGCCCGUGAAACAGGAUGCGCUGAAGGUUGUAGGCUAUCCACAAGUUUAUUGUGGUCGUGGGGACAAGCGUACCGCGAAGGGGAAGAGGACCAUUGGAUCAUUUGGCAACUGCCGGCCGAGGUCCUCGAAGGGCAAGAGCCGCCUGGGCCUGCCUCUGACGCCAGUGCCAGCUGGGAGCGGCUCACGCAAGCGGCUCGAAGACGACACAGAGUACAUCCACAUCGACCUGGACGAGGAGAUCAACCGAUAA